CUGAUGGUGUGUUGCUAGAAGAACCAUCUGUCUAUCGACGUAUUGUGGGAAGACUUCUUUACCUGACUCAUACGCGGCCUGAUAUUACUUAUGCCGUUCAUAAGCUCAGUCAGUAUAUGUCUGCUCCACGAAUGGUUCAUUUCCAAGCUGCUAAUAGGAUUCUACGUUAUCUGAAGAAUGAUCCAGGGCAGGGUUUGUUUUUCUCUGCCUCGACUGAUCUCCAUCUUACAGCUUUCUCUGAUGCAGACUGGGCUUCAUGUCCAGAUUCACGAAGAUCAGUUGCUGGUUAUUGCGUUUUUCUUGGUGAUGCUCUCAUAUCUUGGUGUUGCAGGAAACAACCGACUGUUUCUCGAAGUAGUUCUGAAGCCGAGUACAGAGCAAUGGCUGACACUACGUGUGAGUUGAUUUGGCUAGCUGCAUUAUUGCGUGACUUACACUGCUUCUCAACGGCUCAUGCAACUCUGUUUUGCGAUAAUCAGUCUGCUCUUCACAUCGCUUCGAACCCGGUAUUUCACAAACGCACAAAACACAUAGAAAAUGACUGUCAUGUGGUUUGUGAACGUCUACAAAGUGGAUUCUUGAAGACAUUACAUGUGAGAACAGAUAAUCAGCUUGCUGAUAUUUUUACAAAGGCAGUGCAACCUGGUUUGUUCAAGCAUUUAGUGUCCAAGAUGGGAUUACAUAGUUUGUAUCUUCCAUCUUGAGGGAGGGGUAUUAGAGUAAGCCGGUUAUGUAUGGUUAAUACCGGUUAGGAGAAUAUAAAGUCUUAUAAAUACUGAACCAAUGUAACAUAAUACAGUUUGAGAAUUGAAUAACAAACUUCAUCUUCUUCUUUUCUCUCUGAGCUUGAGCUCGAUCUCAUCUCAUUCUCUGGGUCUAAUAAGUAACUUGGAAGAUUCAGCACAUCUUUCAGCAAAAAAAGGUCUUCGCUGGAGCAAGGCUUCACAUUGAGAACUUAUCCUGAGCGGAGUCGCAUACCCUUAAAGUUCGGCUACUCAACCUGGAGGAGAAAGAUCCUGUUUGCUUCUCUCUAUGGCUGGGACAGCCUAUUGACGCCAGCCAAAAGAAAUAGAUUGUAAGCUAUUCCUUAAAGAAACUGCCUUUAAUUCUUUAUGAUAAAUUUUGAUAUUUACCUGUCAGAAAGCUCUGUUUUUCAAAUUUUCCAGAAAAGCUCUGUUUUGUGUGUGUGUACGUUCUUCAUGGUUGAUUUCAAUCCCUAGUGACAGUUGAUAAAAGGGGUAGCUUUUCGUGUAGUUUAGAUCCAAUCCGUGUUUGUGGAUAAUGAUUGCGUGUGUGUAAAAUCUCACUGUUUCGAAACCAUACUUAAUUAGACCCUUCCUUGUACCUCAAGGCUCUCAAAUUAUGUAGCUACCAAUCCGUCGAGGAACAGUUUGUGUUAGAUCCAUGGGAACUCUGUCACAAAUGGGUUCCGCUCGAAUCUCCAGCUGAACAACAGUUUGGUGAACUUGUACGCAAGACAUGGAGAUGUGAAACACGCACGUAAACUGUUCGAUAGAAUGCCUAACAGAGAUGUUGGUUCCUGGACAGCUAUGAUCUCGGGGUAUUCUCGACGUGAGAAUCACCGGAGCGCAUUGCUGUUGUUCAAAGAGAUGCGCCGGGAGCCUGUUAGAGCUAAUGACUUCACUUACGGGAGUGUCUUGAUGUCGAUGUCGUGCAAAGAUUUGGGGUGUUUGAAAGAAGGGAUGCAGAUACAUGGGUGUGUGGAGAAAGGGAGAUUUGCAGGGAACUUGGUUGUGAGGAGUGUAUUGCUUUCUCUUUAUGCUAAGUUUGGUAAGAUGGAGGAUGCUCGUCUUCUGUUUGAUUCAAUGAAAGAAAGAGAUUUGGUUUCUUGGAAUAUGAUGAUCGACGGGUAUACUGCAGUUACUUCAUUUGGUCUGUUUCAGCUGAUGCUCGCGGAAGGUAAUCUACACUCUUGUCUUUCAUUCAUUCAUAUUUCAAAACGAUCAAGUGACUCAAUUUGGUUAGAUAUCUUUGAAAUGGUCAGUGAAUUACACGGUUUUGCGACCAAGCUUGGCUUCGGGAGAUCAAAUGUUGCACUGAUUAGGUCUCUGAUCGAUGUGUAUGCCAAGUGUGGUAGCCUUUCCAGUGCUUUGAAACUGUACGAGGGCACGAUGAAAGGAGACUUGAUAUCUUGCACUGCUAUAAUUACAGGUCUUGCACAGCAGAACAACCUCACAAGUGAUACUUAUUUUAUGUUAUGUAUUCAUCGUCUAGUAUUAUAUAUACUGUAUAUAGGAUACACCCUAAGGAAACUGAAAUAUUUUACAAGAGGAGUGACACAACUCUUGGGAGCUAAGGAAUCCUGCCAGGAGUUCCAGUUCUCGGCAUGUUUCCUAAUAUGUCAACGCCGAUCUCACCAUUGCAUUAAGAUCUAGAGGCUUUAUCUUGGGCAAUGGAAUGUAUGCUUUAGGUAUCGAUAUGUCAAUUUUUUGGGACCGACUGC